CAAGAGGCUCUCUACAGGGCUCCAAGACGCCCAAGAUAGCACCAAGAAGGCCCAUCCGUAGCCAUUUUGGCUCAAGCCAUUUUUGCUCAAGCCAAGACGGAUCACAAUGCUGGUGUCUGGGCGAGGUGCCUUAGUUGUUGCGGGCGUUACUCUUUACGUCUGUUUCAAUGGCAUUAAUUUUGUGAUGCCGCAUCUCGCACAUGUCUUGUUUAUACAAGAGAAGUGCCAGAGUACAAAAAAUCAAACAUCAUAUUAUUCUUACCAUGUGUCACAAAUGAUGCCGAGAACAGUGUCCAACAUCAGCACGGGUCCCGUGAAUGUCGUAAUGUUGCUGCAAGGUGUACGGCCUGAGCGUGCAGCUCUCAUGAUGAAAUACACUUCCUUGUUUCGCAGUGUUGCAUUGUUGGAAUGGUCUUCCACACUCGAGUCCGUUCGUGGACAAGUAUUUCGAUUGGGAAGAUCAGGAUCGUUUAUUCUCUUCUUGUGCGCUUCUAGAAUCCGAACACUGUACCACUACCACUGUUUGUCGCCGGCGCUCAAAGCGCUGUCCGCGAGGUUUCCUGGUGCCGCUGGAGUGUUGACAAUGCAUUCUGAUUUUUGGAUAUAUCCAAGCUAUGUAGUAGACACUGCUGCGUUGAACAAGAUUUGGCACCUUGGACCUGGAUUAACUCGCGCUGAUGAUUGCUCUGGCGUGAUCGACACGAUGUGCUUGGCGGAGUUUCAUUCAGACCCCACAUGGUUUUGGUGGGAGAAUUCAAUGGAAGCUGCGUUUCGUGCUUGGCAAGACAUGGAGAAAUUGUUGCCAUUCGGAUCAAUCGGCAACAUCAGCGCUCUGCAUGCGGCCAAGGUGUGCGCUGGAUGGGCUGAUUUAUUUUAUCUGCCAGUCAGCACGCUGAAUCCCUUCUCGGAUCUUUCAUAUGUAUUCAAGGAUGUCUUUCACGAGGUUGCAGUCCCAACGAUCCUUGAGAUUCUUGUGCUGGCUGAACGGGUGAAGCGAAGAAAGCUUUGGUGUUGGGGCGGUUGCUGUGGGACCGCUGGAAUUGCUGAGAUGCACAAGUAUUCGUGCGGACACAAAAUGGAUCUCCGGUUUCCUGCGGUGCAGGAUGCAUUUCUUGAAAUAUUGGCGGGGCGUGACUUGAAUAUGACAGGGCAGUGGGUAGUUAUAUCUCUUUCAUUGAGCAAUCUGUUUGGCCUCGGGCCAUGCCGGCACAGCGUGCAGUUGUGAAACAUCGCACGAUAUUGCAAGGAAGUGUUGACGUUUCCAGCGUUUUCUACGAUGGGCUCUUGACAGGCUUGCAGCGCCAAUCAAGACAAGCUUUGCUUUUGGGAUUCGCAAAGACAUAGUGAGAGCGCUGCGACAGGGUGGCGUGAGUUUCAUUAUUGGCUUUCGAAUGUUCAGAAAGGGAACUGGUCGGCGCCUCAUUAUGCGUACCUUUCGUGCCAAUGCGCGUCAGGCUGCAAUGCUGGCUUGCAGGUGACGUCCGCCUGCUGUCAGCACAGUGAAUUCGAUGCAUGUCUUUAUGCUCAUGCCCCAAGUGCUUGUGACAGGGUGGUGGAAUUUCACUGUUGGCGCCAAGGCGUCUCCGUUCGCGCCAAGGCGCGUCAGGCUGCAAUGCUGGCUUGCAGGUGACGCCCGCCUGCCGUGCAGUUUUUUUUUCUGUUCACCGCGGAGGCGAUCGUUGAUUUGAGUCCGCCUUGCGUGCACACCCGUGGGCAAUCGCAGGCUGAUGCGUCUCCGUCGGAAAAAAAAAAUAGAGCACCAACCGUUCUCGUCGUCCUCCUUCUGCGUCCUCCUCCUCCUCGUCCUCCCCCUCCUCUUCCUCUUUCCCCAGGCGUUAUAGUGUCUUGCUUUGCCGUGUCCGUCUUGGUGGGUUGCCGAACGGCCUCCCGAGCUGGGCGGUGACAGGGGGCUCCGCCGUUGUACUGGCAGGCGAUCUGAGAAUGCCCCUUGGGACACUCCGCGGACCAGCAUGUCUCGUCGACGCUCUGGAGCCACAGUCUUUGUCAGCCAGCUUCUUUCAAACUCACACAACAUGUCGCGAGCUCUUGCAGCUGUGGCUUGGGUCAGCUUGUGCCGCUCAACUGAUCGUUGGCACUAUGGCUUGACGGACUUUUUGCAUACUACGGCGCAUAUCUCUGAUGUUCACAGUUUCGGGCCAUCCGGCCUGGGCAUGCCAUCCGGACAUGCGGACGCAUCCAGGACUUUUCUUCCUCCCGCUUUUCCUCUUUUCGUCCUCUUUUCUCCGUUCCAGCCUGUACGUGCAUGGUGGAGUCCCCUUCCCAUCAGUUGGGAAGCGGGCAGCUUUCAUCAUCGCGGGUAUUCUCCGAGGGAAA